UUUUCUCAUGCGUUCUUUACAAAAGCAACAUAAGUAUUCAAGAUGGAAGGGAACGGUACGGAAGUAAAUUGCACUGGUCUUCACCUGCCAUUUCAGUACUCCUUGUAUGCUAUCACAUAUAUUGUGGUCUUCAUCCCAGGCCUUCUGGCCAACAGUACAGGCCUCUGGGUCUUAUGGCGUUUCAUCAGCAAAAAGAACAAGGCCAUCAUCUUCAUGAUCAACCUGGCUAUUGCUGACCUUGCUCAUGUUCUCUCACUGCCGCUGAGGAUCUAUUACUAUAUCAACCACCACUGGCCAUUCCCAAGAUUCCUGUGCCUUUUCUGCUUCUAUCUGAAGUACCUCAACAUGUAUGCGAGUAUCUGCUUCCUGACUUGCAUUAGUCUGCAGCGAUGCUUCUUCCUUCUCAAGCCUUUCACGGCCCGAAACUGGAAACGCAGGUAUGAUAUAGCCAUCAGUGCCACCAUCUGGAUCACCGUGGGGGCUGCCUGCUUGCCCUUGCUCGUCAUGAGAAGUGCCAGCCUGGCCAAUGCCUCCGGUGAGACCUGCUUUGCCGAUCUUGCAGUCCGACACAUUGACAUGACUUCUUCCAUCGCCAUGAUCACCAUAGCUGAACUGGGAGGCUUUGUGAUCCCUGUUGGUGUCAUUGCCUUUUGCACCUGGAAGACAAUGAAAUCCUUACAAGACUACCAAAUGCCCCCCCAAAACAACAGUGAGAAAGAGAAAGCCUUGCGGAUGGUCCUGAUGUGUGCCAUGGUCUUCUUCAUUUGUUUCACCCCAUACCAUAUCAAUUUCCCUAUCUUCAUGAUGCUGAAACAAGACCUCUUUUCCAGCUGCUCCUUUAUGAAAAGCAUUCUGUGUUUCCACAUCAUUUCUUUGUGCCUCGCUAGUAUGAAUUGUUGUCUUGACCCGCUGGUGUAUUAUUUUAUGACAGCUGAGUUUCGGGAUCGGUUGUCACCCCGUGGCCUCAUGAAUAUCCUGUCCCGUUUCACAUCCAAUAGCAACAACUUUGGCUUUAAUCGCAGACAAGAGGAGCUUCAAACCAUUACGUUUGAGCUUCUGGAUGACUUCAAGCCACUUUAAUUCUGUUAUAAGCAAGUAAAAUAUAUUCAGUUUUACACAUCGAUGAGGAUUGACUUAAAAAGACUGCCACCCUUUGAUUUUACUUAGAAAGUACUAUUUUAAAAAGUCAAAAUUUUGUGUUAUGUUCAUAAAUAUUUACUGAUCUGGAGAGGGAGACACACAGAGAGACAGAGACACAAAGGGAAAAUGAGAAUUUCUUUCCUUAAUCCAUUUUGCAUGUAGUUGCCAGAUGAAUCUUAGGAAUUGAUCUUAUCACAUCACUUCCCUACUCAAAAACUUCAAUUUUUAAAAAUUAAUUAACGAGUAAAAUUAAAACUCCUUAGGAUAAAGUUAAGGGUCCUUCAUGAUUUGUCCCUGAUCUAUGUUUUUUCAGCUGCAUCUCCCACUAAUCCCUUUCAUACACUUGAUGCUUCAACAAAACUUCCCCCGCUCCCCGCACUCAUACACCUGUGUCUUUCUUCAUGCCAUUUUCUUUCUCUGCAUGGGACUCUUCCUUUUCAUAUGUACCUGCUGAAAACCUACCCCAUAUUUUAAGAGCUAACUCAAGUGCUACCUGCUCCAUGAAGUCCUGCAUGAUUUGUAUGAUCUUAGUCUCACUCUUCUCUGAACCCCAAUAAUACUUUGUGCUUUGCUAUUGCACUUGUUGCAUUCCACCUUGAGUUAUAGAUCUGUACACACACACACACACACACACACACACAUCUAUAUAUCUAUAAAUAAAUGUAUGUAUAUAUGUAUGUAUAGUUCUUAUGUUAGAGCCUUAUUCUAUACUUGUCACAGGUACAUUUUGGAGAACUUAUUUCUCUGGUUCAUAACCCCACUGAGAUAAUCUGGGACCUUCAGCAUCUUGCAACCCCCUACUCUAUCCUGGGACUGAUAUCAUCAUUUCCCCUUUCAAGCACAUAGAUUCACAAAGUCUGAAGAAUAAACACGUUUAUUUACAAGUUAAGGGAAACAGAAAUAACAUCAAAAUCCAUAGAAAACAAUAGUAACCGAAAGUGAACAACUCUUCUCUGCAUCUAUCCUGCCCCAUCCCCCAUCCCCAACCAGGCCCAGGCUUACCUAAAUAACAUUACAUUUAAAAACUAAGUCAAUAGGCAACCCAAGGAGGACUCUGGUUUCUCUUUGAGAUUGACACCACUGACUUUCAGUAUCAUCUUAAGUAGGGCUCUGAUAGGAGUCUUGGGGAUUGUUCCGCCAUGUCAUGGCCCUUCUGGCUGGCUGUGUAAUGUUGCUUUUCCUGCCACUCUUAGCUAAUGUCACUCACUGGUUGCUGGUCCCCAAAUGGGUCCCUUUAGCUUACAUUUCCUACAAAUUCUCUUUUGCUCCCAGAAAAUGGUGUCUAUUCCCUUUCCCAGGGAACCACCUGUCCUCCAGAAUCUCUGGCAGCCUAUGGCACAGCUCCAUUUCUGAAAGUUUCUUUUAUACCCUGGUUCUAUGGCCCAUGGACUGACAAUAAUGAGGUCUCAAGGAACCAUCUCCUCUUGCAUCUUAUAAGCUGCUGUCUCUUCAAUUCCAUGUUAGCUUAUAGUGACUCACAAUUUGAUCUCCUCUCUCUACUGCACCCAGGCUGUUCAUCGUUCUCCUGUACCAAAGACUUCCAUGGUUUUUAAAGAUUUAUGAGAUAUAUAUGUGUGUGUGUAUGUAUGUAUGUAUAUGGUCCCUGAUACAUUUGUAUAGCUCUUAUCCAUAUUUCCUACAAAAUUAUAGGAUUUUUUAAGGCUGGGACCAUGUCUUCCUCAUUCAUGUAUUACCCACCCCUAGUAAGUAGCAAGCACAGUACCUUCCACUGUGUAGAGACUCAAUAAAUAUUUGUUGAAUGAAUGAACAGACUAAGCAAUGUUAUCAUGAGCAGAAUAAAGAAUUGCAGAUUUCUA